CUCACCCUUGACGUCACUUCCUGUUCCGUCUCCUCUCACAUGUACCAACAACAUGGCAGCGCCCUUAUCUAUAAACCUGGAGUUUGGGGGAGGCGCAGAACUGCUCUUUGAUGGAGUAAAGAAACAUACUGUGACUCUUCCAAGCCAAUCAGAACCAUGGGACGUGAAGCAGCUGCUGGUGUGGAUCCAACAGAACCUGCUGAAGGAGCGUCCCGAGCUCUUUGUCCAGGGAGACUCUGUGAGGCCAGGAAUACUGGUACUUAUCAAUGAUGCAGAUUGGGAGCUAAUGGGGGAGCUAAAGUACCAACUGCAAGACCAGGACAACGUGGUGUUCAUUUCAACACUUCACGGAGGAUAGAUAGACAAGAAAUUAGUGCAUUAACAU